GGGUUAUCCCUCGGGGGCAGUUGCUCUGUGUGGCGGGAUCGGGCUAAAUUAUGAGUUUUUCCACCAUGAGGAUGUCAUACCUGCUCCCCACUCUGCUGUACCUCUUGCUUGCGCUGCUGGGGCCUGGUGAUGGAGUCAUUGUACUGUCUGCCCCUGAAGUAGUUUCAUUAGAAAGUGGAAGUUCAGCAAACGUCACUAUCUCUCUGAGGGCUCCAUUAAAUGAGACACUGGUGAUAACUCUCAAUAUUACACACUCAUCAAAACGCAGCACUAUUGUUGAACUGCCUGACGAAGUACAAUUGCCUGCAGGUCAUACUAAAGCAGACUUCCAAGUGAAAGCAGAGGAUGUUGGACAAGUAACAGUUUAUCUUUAUACCAUUAAUUCCAACUUAACUGGACCCAGGAUUCAAUUUCAAGUGAUUCAUAGCAUCAUAGUGAGAUACGCUGACGAGGUGAUUGGCUGGAUCUAUUUCCUCGCCUGGUCUAUCUCCUUUUAUCCUCAACUCUUUGAGAACUGGCGACGAAAAAGUGUUGUUGGACUAAGUUUUGACUUUAUAGCAUUAAACCUUACUGGCUUUAUAGCAUAUAGUGUGUUUAAUGUUGGACUCUUCUGGAUUCCCUUGAUUAAGGAGGAAUUCCUAGUCAGUUAUCCCAGUGGGGUGAACCCUGUGGCUAUCAAUGAUGUUUUCUUCAGUCUCCAUGCAGUGGCUCUGACUCUCCUCACCAUAAUUCAGUGCUGCAUCUACGAGAGAGCUGGUCAGAAAGUAUCCAAAGUUGUUGUUGGACUGCUGGCACUUGCCUGGAUCUUCACAUUUACAACACUAUUUCUUGCUGCAGCUGAGGAAAUGACAUGGCUACAGUUCUUAUUCUGCUUUUCUUACAUUAAGUUAGCAGUCACACUGAUAAAAUAUUUUCCACAGGCAUACAUGAAUUUCCGUCGGAAGAGCACUGAGGGAUGGAGUAUUGGAAAUGUAUUACUAGACUUCACCGGUGGAAGCUUCAGCCUUCUCCAGAUGUUUUUGCAGUCAUACAACAACGAUCAGUGGAAGCUAAUCUUCGGAGAUCCAACCAAGUUUGGCCUGGGUGUCUUCUCUAUCAUUUUUGAUAUUGUUUUUAUGGUCCAGCACUACUGCCUUUAUAGGAGGAGACAAGGGUAUGAACCUUGUGAAUAACAUCACUUUAUGAAGACAAAAAACUUUAAAUUGAACUUCCCCUAUCUUGGCUGAGGGCUUUCAAGACACCUACUGCCAUUUACCAGAAAUACUGAUUCUGAUCUCUGUUUAUACUUUGAUCCUCUCUGGUAUGGAACACAAGCUACUGCCUCGCCAAAUCCUGAUCACCAGAUGCCUUAAAGGAGAGCAAGCUCUCUCUCCACCACUUGCAAAUGGAAGACUCAUGCCUGUUGAAGCUGUAGAAACAGCUUAGUGUGAGCUGUCCAAGCAACGUGUGGCUCUUUUUCCACUAAUAACAGGAAAGAGAAAGACCAGAGUGGUGUCUUUCUGAUUGGAAGUGAAGCACAAAAAGCGAAGUUCUGCCUUCCAAAAGUCUGAGAUCAUAUUUAAGCAACUUAAUAUCUUAAUGUAAUGACUGAAGACUGACUGUGGAUCUAAGUGCUGCUGCUGACUCCUCACAGACAGUUCACUGUAGAACACCACCCAGGUUGGUUGUUAACAGCUGUAAUGGUACAUGAAAUAAUGGGGUUGGUAGCAAAUACACAAAUAUUGGAACCUGAAUUUAAAAAAAAUUAAGAAGCAGAAACUGUACUCUUAUUUCACUGAAGGCUCUUUCAAAGGUGCUAAGACAAGUGCUCAGAUUUAUCUGAAUACCUCUAGUGCACCCAUUUCACUUUGCUCGGUUCUACUGACAUGCCUUGGAUACUAAACUGUGGAUGGUAAAGAUUAAAGAUUUAUCAAAGAGA